UUAGGUGAGUGGUCAUCAUGGCACCCUUUCUGCGCAUCACCCUCAAUGCUUAUGACGUGGGUGCUCUGCCUCCUCUGACUGACCCUCCCGUCUGUGCCAUCAAAAUGAAGGAGUCGGUCAACACAGAGCGAGGAAAGACCUUGGUCCAGAAGAAGCCAACCAUGUAUCCAGCCUGGAAGUCCCCUUUCGAUGCUCACAUCUAUGAGGGGCGGGUCCUAGAAGUGGUCCUUAUGCAGAGCCCUGAGGAGCCAUUGGCCAAGGCCACAGUGGGCGUGUCUGUACUGGCAGAACGCUGUAAGAAGUCCAAAAACAACGGUCGUACUGAGUUCUGGGUGGACCUUCAUCCUUCGGGGAAGGUCCAGAUGGCUGUACAGUUCUUCCUGGAGGACAGUGAUGCGGCAGCGUUUAAGCCAUCAGUGAAGGUUCCUCCUGAGGAUGGAGUCACAACCCUCAACAGGAGGAGAGGAGCUUUCAAGCAGCCAAAGGUUCACUUAAUCAAGAGCCAUGAGUUCACCGCCACUUUCUUCGGCCAGCCCACCUUCUGCUCUGUCUGCAGAGAGUUCCUCUGGGGACUCAAUAAGCAAGGCUACAAGUGCAGACAGUGCAAUGCGGCAAUCCACAAGAAAUGCAUCGAAAAAAUCAUUGGCAGGUGCACUGGAACAGCAGCCAACAGUCGUGACACUAUGUUCCAGAAAGAGCGCUUCAAGAUUGAUAUGCCGCAUCGCUUCAAAUACUAUAACUACAAGAGCCCCACUUUCUGUGACCACUGUGGCAGUCUGCUGUGGGGUCUCUACAGACAGGGCCUUAAAUGUGAAGACUGUGGCAUGAACGUACAUAGUUACUGUCAAUCGAAAGUGGCCAAUCUGUGCGGAAUCAACCAGAAACUACUGUCAGAGGCUCUGUCUCAAGUCACCCAGAAAUCUAUGAAGAAGUCUGAUAACAGCAAUGCAGCAGAUAUUGGGAUCUACCAAGACAUCCAAAGUGCAACAGUAGACCCUAGUGCAGAUGGCAGUGGCAAGGCAGAUGAGGGCUUGGGCCCGGCCCCAGCAGCACCUAUAGUUCCCCGGAUACGCCUCACCAUGAACCACCUGGUGUUCCACAAGGUGCUGGGCAAAGGCAGCUUUGGCAAGGUGCUGCUGGCAGAGCUGAAGGGGCAGGGUCAAUACUUUGCCGUCAAGGUUCUGAAGAAGGAUGUAGUUCUUAUGGAUGACGAUGUGGAGUGUACCAUGGUGGAGAAGAGAGUCCUGGCCCUUGCUUGGGAGAACCCCUUCCUCACACACCUCUACUCCACAUUCCAGUCUAAAGAGCACCUCUUCUUUGUAAUGGAGUACCUGAAUGGAGGCGACUUAAUGUUCCAUAUCCAAGACAAAGGCCGCUUUGAUCUCAACAGAGCCACAUUCUAUGCUGCUGAGAUAAUAGUGGGACUGCAGUUCCUCCACUCAAAAGGAAUUAUCUACAGAGAUCUGAAGCUGGACAAUGUAAUGCUGGACAAGGAUGGACACAUUAAGAUAGCGGACUUCGGCAUGUGCAAAGAGAAUGUGUUUGGAGCGGCCCGAGCCACAACAUUUUGCGGAACACCAGACUAUAUUGCACCAGAGAUCCUGUUAGGUCAGAAGUACACCUUCUCAGUGGACUGGUGGUCUUUCGGUGUGCUUGUGUAUGAGAUGCUGAUUGGUCAGUCACCUUUCCAAGGUGACGACGAGGACGAGCUGUUUGAAUCCAUCAGGUCGGACAUCCCUCACUAUCCUCGGUGGAUCACCAAGGAGGCCAAGAACCUGCUUGAACUGUUGUUUGAGCGAGAUCCCACUCGCAGGUUGGGUGUGGUGGGAGACAUCCGGGUUCACCCCUUCUUCAAAACCAUCAACUGGCUAGCACUGGAGAAGAGAGAAGUGGAGCCCCCUUUCAAGCCCAAAGUGAAAUCCCCCAGUGACUGCAGCAACUUUGACCGGGAGUUCCUGAGUGAGAAGCCUCGCCUCUCCCACGCAGACAAGAACCUCAUCGACUCCAUGGACCAGGCAGCGUUUGCUGGUUUUUCCUUUGUCAACCCCAGACUAGAACAAAUGAUAAGCAAAUGAAAAAUCAAAAUGGCUGCCCUGGGAAGACAGUCUUAGCCCAGCACUCCACAAUAGGCUCCUAUCCUAUUCUCUUUACCUUAUCAACUGGAUGGAUAACAAGAACAUGAAAAGAUUUGGGACUUGACUAUGACUUAUUGUAUUCCUCCAUCAGAGGAUGAAAUAAAAUACUAGGAUGUUUGCUGGCAUCUGAAGCAAUAAUCUUGUCUCAGCUGUCAAACUGUAUAGGUGUAUAAAAGAGUAUAAAGCUCCAGGAAGUUAAGGGAGAUCCUUAAUUGCAUUUUGUUUUUUCUUACUUUUCUAUCAUUUUUUUCCUUGUGAUCACAUCUUGAAUCUGUAAAAAUCAUCUAAUGUACUGUAUCGCAAAAUCACAGGUACAACCAUGAGCUCCUUAUUUAGUAAUACCAAUAUGUACACCCGGUCAUUACAAUUCAGUGGUACAUACAGUAUUCACUCUCACCCUGUGUGCUUAGCCUACUGUAUGCCUCCUAGCACAUCCCAUCAGUGUGUGUUUGUGUGUCACCACAUGCUUACAAGUGUGGGGGUGUGUGCAGGUAUUUUCUUAGAUGCAAAUGGUGCUACUGUACUUUUUAACAUUGUUUGUUGCUUUAUUCAGGAGUCAUAGAAAGAAUUGUACCAUAAGGAUUGAUGUAAUUCAUAUCUGUCUGAAUGAAGUAAGGUUAUUGUGGAGUUUUCCUGACUGCACUGUCUUAAGAAAGUCCUGAGUCUCACACAUCCUCAAAAUGGUUAACCUGAUUUUUUUUUUUUUUUUUUUUAAAUUUAGCACACACUUCUACAUGGCAUUCUUCUUGUCUUUUGUGUGCCACUGGUGACAAACCUGAUGCUGUACAUCAAACUAAAGCAUAUUAAUCAUUCAGUACGUCAUGUUCAUUUUCUGGGCUGUCAGCAGACUUACUGGAAAGAAUUGCAGCAAUGGUGUGGUACUAUACAUCUAGCUGUGUUGUAGGAUGUGUUAUUUUAUGUGGUAGGGACAGGCCUUUCACUGGAAACAUAGGGUCUUUGAAAUGUGUUAUAUUACUUGAAUGUAGGAAUUUUUAAUACGAAAAUAAUAUUGCUGUGUAAGGAAAACUAAUAUGUAUGUAAAAAUGAGCUGUCUGAGCUA